GUCGUAGCAUAAUGGUUAGCGUGUUCGGCUAGCAAUAAAAAGGUUAAGAGUUCGAAUCUACCUAACGGCAAUUUCUCAAUGGAAUGGAAUAACCUUCUAAUCGGUUUGACUUGACCUGUUUGAGAUAGAUAAUGGGUCCUACUCCACCCUGGAUACACGGGUUGUGAAUCGCAGGACUAAAUCAAGGACUACAUUUUGCUUGCUCUGCUCUCCUUCUAAAAAACACUUGUUGCAGCUUGUUGUCAAGACAAUUCCGCGCAUACUUCAGCAUUGCGCGGAGUGGCGACAUUGUUUACAUGCCGUACGAACCUUAAGAGUCGAAUUCAGAAGUCUGAUGGAGCCAACUAAUGAUCAAUAUGAUAUUGCAAUUAUUUUACCAGUUUACAACGCAAGCAGCUGGCUUCCAGAUUGUUUCCGUUCAAUAGCAUGUCAAGUCAAAAACAAACUGAAAGUUGAACUCAGUGUUUUUGAUGAUGGAUCAACAGAUGACAGCUUAGAUGUAAUAGAAAAGUGGCAGCCAGUACUAGAAGCUGAAGGUUUCAAAGUUUUGGUUGGCGGCCACAAAGAACCAGCACCUAAAGGAGUUGGUUUUGCUAAAAAUCAGAGUAUCAAACAGAGCACAGGGAAAUUUCUUUGCUUCCAAGAUAGUGAUGACAUGAUGAAGCCUGAAAGGUUGAAUCUUCAAUAUAAUGCCAAUUUGGAGCAGCCAGAUUCUAUAAUAGGUAGUAAAUUUGAACGCGAUCCACCGGAAUCCACCGUAAGAUACACUCAUUGGGCCAACAGUCUAACACCAGAGCAACUUAAUUAUCAAGUACUCACUUCUCAUGGACCCACAGUUAUCAUGCCUACAUGGUUCUGUUCACGAGAAAUUUUCAACAGGGUCGGGGGGUUUGACGAGAAAGGAAAGGGAACGCCAGAAGAUUUAAUCUUCUUUUAUCGACAUCUAGAUUUGAAAGGACGGAUAUACCGAGUUGACGAAGUACUUUUAGUUUACCGCUACCAUCCAGACCAGACCACCUUCUCUAUCGAUGAGAAAGUUAUCUGGGAUUUGCGUUUGAAGCGUCUAGAACGGCAGUACUUGGAAAAGUGGACUAAUGGCUUCACAAUUUGGAACGCCGGGAAACAAGGGCGUCGAUUAUACCGUUCCUUGCAAGAGCAAUAUCGAACGAGAGUUGUGAGCUUCUGCGAUGUUGAUGUGAGAAAGAUUCAACAAGGAAAUUACAUCUAUGAAAAUUCGGAAUUGCGCCCGAAACCCAAAGUACCCAUUGUGCAUUUCACCAACGCUAAACCACCGUUCGUUAUAUGUGUGAAAAUGGACCUGACGAAAGGAGAGUUUGAAAAAAAUUUGCAUUCACUCAAUUUGAUUGAAAAUGUCGACUAUGUCAUGUUCAGUUAAGGGAAAAUUAGACGAGGCUCAAUCAUCUGACUCCUAAUAAAAAUUUCGUACUCCACCACGGGUUCUUCCCCAUCACAUUCUUCCUCGUCUUCCUCAACUAUCUCGAACUUGCCUCUGCUGUGAAGUUUGGGUUUAGGAUCUGCAAAUUCAUUGGACUGUGUAAUAACAUUUGAAUAACUUUAAAGAGAGAAGAUUAAAUGUUUUGUACCCAGCAGCUCAACCGUAAUUUCGGAAGCAAGAGACAUGUAUGUUAUUCGCCCCUGCAUGUAGUCUGAUACUUCGGGAUUAUAAUUUUCAGAUAAUUCCAGCACCUUAAAAAGAUCAUCAAAGCUAUUAAUAGGUCUGGCAUUCGCAUGGCCCACUUUAGACUCAGCAUCUUCUCCAGAGUCUGCGUCGAAAUGAAAAUGCUGGCGUUCCUUGGGUGCAGGUGGAACAUACUCCGGUAGACUUUCAAAAGGCUGAAGAAGACUGAUAUCCACUUCUUUAGACGGAGACUUGUGGUGGCUUUUCCUUCGUCUUCGUCGGCGCUUGCGUUUGGCACCUUCCUCUUCUGAUGGCUCCUUACUUGUUAAGUCCAAUUCUGUUGUAGCUUCAUGUACUUUUGACUCAGUUUCUAUUUCAGGGGAAAUCACUUUCACAGCUUGCUUCACCACAGACUGUUGCUCCAAAACUGUUGCUUCUUCAGGAGUAGGUUCAUAAGUAUCUUGUUUAACUUUUUUCUGUUUCUUGUUGACCACUGGUUCUUCAGUCAAAGGUUCAGUAAGCAAUAGAUUACCAAGAUUUUCACAUUCAAGAACCUUAUCCUCUUUCGAUUUCUUUUUUUUCUUUGGUUUUGAAGGUGACGAAUUUGCAGCUUCUUCCACUGCUGGUUCAAUAUUCUGCUGGCUAUCUAGAGAAUUUACCUUCCUUUUCUUCGGUUCCCUCAUACUUACCCUAAAAAUUACAAUUUUUGUAAUACUGAAACCAUGUAAAUUAAGUUACUUUUUGUCAAACUAGUUACCUGAGCAAAUCCCUGUCUUGCAGUAUACGCGCCGUUUCUCUGCAAUACAACUGAGCAUCAUCGAGCCACAAUUUAUGGCAACUGACUGAAUAUUUGUUGUCAAUGUAAUCAAUGACAUCUUGAAUCGUAUUGAUUACAGAUAAAUCAAUAAAAAGCCAAAAUUUCUCGUUGUCGGGAAACUCAAGACGGACACGUAAGCUCGCCAUUAGAUAU